AAUUCUUAAUCUGUGGUAUGGACAGUAGCUGUGCAUAGUAGAUUCAAGAUUCAUGAUUGUGAUUUCAAUCGUUUGCUGGAUUAAGCAUUUUGUUUUAGCGUCAUCAUAAUUUUAUUAUUUAUAUUUUUAGCAUUUUCCUGACUUUAUAUUUCUAUUGACAUCUAUGUGAAAACUUCAGCGGUCCAUGUCCUUUAUUUUAAUCGGCGUCUAAAAAACUCAGAAUGGCCGAAUAUUUAGCGGCUAUAUUUGGGACUGAAAAAGAUAAAGUUAAUUGUUCGUUUUAUUUUAAAAUUGGAGCAUGUAGACAUGGAGACAGAUGCUCAAGAAUUCACAAUAAACCAACAUUUUCUCAAACAGUUCUUCUACAAAACUUGUAUGUAAAUCCACAAAAUUCUGCUAAGUCUGCAGAUGGCAGUCACUUGGUUGUAGCUAAUGUGUCAGAUGAAGAGAUGCAGGAGCACUAUGACAAUUUCUUCGAAGAUGUAUUUGUUGAGUGUGAGGAUAAAUAUGGGGAAAUUGAAGAAAUGAAUGUUUGUGACAAUCUGGGAGAUCACUUAGUAGGAAAUGUUUAUAUUAAGUUCCGACGCGAAGAAGAUGCAGAGAAAGCAGUGAACGACUUGAACAAUCGUUGGUUUGGUGGAAGGCCGGUGUACGCGGAACUUUCGCCGGUCACAGACUUCCGCGAAGCGUGCUGUCGUCAGUACGAAAUGGGGGAGUGCACUCGCAGUGGAUUUUGUAACUUCAUGCAUCUGAAACCUAUUUCGAGGGAACUUAGAAGAUACCUGUACGCUCGACGCAAAAGCGGUCGCCGCUCUCGCUCUCGCUCGCGCGAACGCCGCCGCCGCUCUCGCUCUCGCGAGCGCCGCCGAGAGCCGCCGCGCAAUUCCCGCGCUGGGCGAUACUAACGCAACAUUUAUAAUGGGAGAGUUGUAUGCGGGAAUUCUGUCUUGGUCUUUCUUUACAAAAAAGACAAGGAUGGAAUGAUGCGUAUGUUGCUGAUUUGAAAUCUCCUCGCGCAAAGGCGGUGUGUGUGCGUUGACGGCCAUUUUGAGAAUCUUCUAUCGUGGAUUAUAUAUCUUUUUUCUGUAUAUGAAUUCAUACUUAAUCUGAUAUUAUAAUACAAUUUGUUUUGAUAUAUCUGAAUUAUUGGUUUGCAAUUUUAAUUGCUUAGUUUUUGCGCACUUCAUUGUUUCAAAAUUUCUUAAGAAACAAAUAUAAUAAUUUAAGUGCAUAAAUGAGAAUUCAUUGUUAGUUCUAUAUGUCACAUUUUAGUUUGUACUAAGCGGUUGAAGAUUCAAAAAAUGCCCCAUAAAUAAUUCAUACUGUAUUUGUAAAGACAACAAGAAAGUCCAAUUCGACGUAAUGUCAUAAAGACAGGAAAUCAACCUAUGUUAAUGUAUUUUUUAAACUGGAAUAAAGUAAGUUAAGAAAUAUACAUGGUUUAAUUUCAGAAGCUUUUAUAAUUUCAAAAGUUUUUAUAAUAUAUUUCUCAUAAUUCUUUGUACUUUCAAUCGCAUGGUUGAUUUCAUCUGUCUUAAAUAAACUUUUAUAUAAGGCAACAAGUUAUAAAUUUUAAUAUUUUUAUACAUAGUAAUUAAGACAAGAUGAUCUUCCUUUCCAUAUUCAUAUUUGUGCUUAUUCAAUUCUGUCCGUUUAAAACAGCCUGAAAUAAUAACUAAAGAGUUCCAAAUAGUAUUAACACUAUACUUACGUUAAUUGAAAUAUAAACAUAAUCCAAUAUUUAGAAGCCUCUCUUUAAUUCACAUUCAUUAAUUACAGAUCAAUAAAUUGAAACUAAAUCACGAGUUUACAAAGUUAUAUUUUCUGUAAAAUGAGUUGUGAAUGUGGGUGAUGGUGUCUUGUGUUUAUUUAGAGUGUGAGUUAUAUGUUGAUACACAAUAUUAUUCAUUAUUUAAUAUCACAUUAACGCAAUAUAAUUUUCAAAAAUUUUGUGUUUAAACUAUUCUACAACUUUCUAAUCUACAUAUAAUUUAUGGACCAUUUCAUUUCAACAUCAUAUGUUUAGAUAUGGUUCUUUUUUUAAAAAGAAAUUUAAAAACUAAAGAUAUUUAGAUCAGCUCUUUUGUAAUUAUUUAUACUGUCAUCCAAAUAAAUGAAUAGAAUAUAGGAACUGCUAAUCUUUCAGUUUAAAGAAAAUUUUAUAGCUGUUUGCAGCCGUAUAGCUAUAAUAUUGGUAAAGAUUCACUAAGUUAUAUGAUGUCAGUUACACUACCUUACAUGAUAAACGUGAAAUAUAGAUGUAAAAUAAUUAUAAGAGUCAUUCCUUA